AUGACUAGUAUGGUGGUGAUGUCUAUGAAAUUGUAUUUUUGUGUCACGGGUAAAAGAAGGCAUUAUCUUGUUGUUUGGGUUCACGGUGAUACUCCAACAUACCGGGAAGAAGGCCACGUUGGUGGUUCAACGGCUCGGAAAUGUUUGCACGAGUUUACCGCCGGAAUAAUCUUGUUGUUUGGCGAUGAAUACCUAAGACGUCCUACACAAGACGACCUAGAGAGACUACUCUAUCAAAAUCAACAACGUGGAUUUCCCGGGAUGGUUGGGAGCAUUGACUGCAUGCAUUGGGAGUGGAAGAAUUGUCCAACAGCUUGGAAAGGGAUGUAUUCACGAUCAACCGGAAAACCUACAAUCGUGUUAGAGGCGGUAGCUUCGUAUGACCUCUGGAUAUGGCAUGCUUUUUUUGGAGCUCCAGGUACUAUGAACGAUCUUAAUAUUCUGGAUCGAUCAAAUGUUUUUGAUGACAUUCUUAACGGUAAUGCUCCGGAGGUCAACUACUUUGUAAACGGAAGGGAGUACAAUUUGGCGUACUAUCUCACCGAUGGUAUUUAUCCCAAAUGGGCCACAUUUAUACAAUCUAUCCGGCUUCCACAAGGACGGAGAAGAUGUGGAUCAAACAUAUACCGUCGGUGCCGCCAGUUUGGGUUCAAAUAUGAGCAGUACGAUUACUCGUCGAACACAUAUGAAGGAUAAAAAAGUUCAUGACCAGUUAAAAAAAGAUUUGAUUGAGCAUAUUUGGACAAACUUUGGACAUCUUCCACAUAAUGAAGAUUAAUCACAAAAAUUCUAUGCAGAGAAUAAAAUGUUUGUUUUUACUUUUCAUGUUUUUACGGUUUAUGUUUUUAUUUUUCAUGU